AAACGCGACAGAAGAAGAAGCGCUUCUCGCGUCGCUUGCUUGUGACGUCAUUGUUCCUCACGUGUGGGCUAUGGUUGUCUACAUCACAACAUUUAGCUUGUUUAUGAACUGAUAUUAUAUAUAACUAACUCUCCCUCUUCAGACACCGACACACACACAGAAGGACAACCAUGACCUCCAACUGUCGACGGCCUGAACACACAGCUCCUCCAGAUGUGUUCUACAAUGAAACCGAGGCAAAGAAAUACUCCCAGAAUUCUCGAAUGAUUGAGAUCCAGACCCAGAUGUCAGAGAGAGCUGUUGAGCUUUUAAACCUGCCAGAGGGACAGCCAUGCUUUCUGCUAGAUGUGGGGUGCGGCUCUGGUCUCAGUGGAGACUACCUGUCAGAGGAGGGACACUACUGGGUUGGAGUCGACAUCAGCACCGCAAUGCUGGAUGUUGCACUGGACAGAGAAGUAGAGGGAGACCUUUUAGUGGGGGAUAUGGGCCAGGGGAUGCCUUUCCGAGCCGGGUCCUUUGACGGUUGCAUCAGUAUCUCUGCUCUGCAGUGGCUCUGUAACGCUGACAAGAGGACACAUAGUCCUCCUAAGAGACUCUACAAGUUCUUUAGUACUCUUUACUCUUCUCUGUCAAGAGGCGCACGCGCAGUUUUCCAGCUUUAUCCAGAGAACUCAGAACAGCUCGAGCUUAUCACGACGCAGGCCAUGAGGGCAGGCUUCGGCGGAGGCAUGGUGGUGGAUUACCCCAACAGCACCAAGGCUAAAAAGUUCUUCCUGUGUCUGUUUGCUGGAGUAACAGGAGCCCUUCCCAAAGGGUUGGGAUCAGAAACUUCCGACAGAGCUGUUUCAAACCAGGUCCAGUAUUCAGGACAAAGAAACCGGUUCAAAAACAUGAAGGGUAAAUCAGCGAAGAAGGGACGCGAUUGGAUCUUUGAGAAGAAGGAGAGGAGGAGACGGCAGGGACGGGAGGUUCGAGCCGACACAAAAUACACCGCACGUCAGAGAAGACCUCAUUUCUAAGUGACUCAUGCAGUUGUGCCUUCAUUAGCUGGCGUCUGCGCCGCACCCCUCACCCCUCCAGCUGCAGAGUGAUUGGACUUAAACUCCUUGAUUUAAGUGGAUGAGAUGCAAGAGUAAAAAAUACUAUUAUAGCCUAUGGCCAAUCAUUUUUACAUUUGGUUGAGUGUUUGACAAUUUGUUUCUCACAAGCUGUGGUAAGAUUGCACCCUCUGUGUCUAUGUUGGCUGGAAGAUACAUGGACAGACAUCUGUACUGCUUACAGUGGAGACGGAGUUGACAGCCCCAACAAUUUCAUAGAAUUACAACAAUUUUUAAUAAAUGAUCAAAUGUCACAUCUUCUA